AUAAAAAGGUCCGUUCUUCCAUGCAUGCAUCCUUUUCAAUACUUUGACAACCACUUUACGAACGAAGGUUUGCUUCACCGAAGAAAGUUUCUGCACCAUUUUCCGUCACUAUGCCAGCUCUCUUGAGACUCUUCUUUUUCUCUGUGCUUCUCACUACAGUCACCUCUUUGGAGUGUGAAAUUUGCUCCGGUCCAGGCAACAGCUGCAGUGGCCAGAAAGUGACUUGUCCGUCAGGCCAAGAUACCUGUCUUAGCCUCGUGAUUGAAACUUCAGCAGGAGGGCAGACGGUUACCGCGAUCUCAAAGACCUGCAACAUGAAGGAUGCCUGCGCUCAGCUAAAACCUGGAGCAUCCUUCGACAUUGCUGGGGUUUCAGGUAAUAUCAAGGAAGUUGCAUGCAACAAGGCCCUUCCGACUUCAAGAUCCAUCCUCUUGAUUGUCACGGGACUCCUGUUGCUGAAGGUCCUUUUCUAAUGCACCUCGUGGAGAACUUCAUGUCCUGAUCUUGGGAGUUGAUCAGCUGGCCUUUCAAAGAGAUCAAGUUGCUUCACGGUUGUGAGAAAGGCAAUAAAAAUGGAUUGAUGGACAA